AAUAAAAACUCAGAACUCAGUUCUAAAGAAUCUUUAAAAGUGAUCGGUCGAAAAAGUAGCUACUCGCGCAGAGGCGACACAACCGAGGUUUAUUUUAUAGAGCAUACAUAAAUAAACAUACACCCUUCCAGCUGGCGAAGAAGUCAAGAGGACGGCCAUGAAAUUUUUGCUCUUUUGGUGCGCAAUUUGCGUGCUCACUGCCCCCGGAAGUGGAGGAGCGGUCAAGGAAACAGUGGACAUAAUACGUUUGAUCCAGGACGUGACGCACUCCAUCCUCAAGUCAUGGGAUCUGAUCAACAAGAUGCCCGUGGCCGAGAUCACCGCGGGGGCCCUGAUCUACGAGAACCAGCGCCAGAUGAUGAGCAAGAUCGAGGAGGUCAGCGGAAACAUCAGGAGUCUGGAGGAGCAGCAGACCAGGAGCACCGCCCUGACCAUUGAGACGCUGCUGAGGGAGAUGCAGGAUAAAUCCAACCUGCUGCACAGGCUCAACCAGCUGAGGGACUUCACCAAGUACAUAGAUCUCCGCCACAUACAGCUGCAGGGCUACGAGCAGCACCAGGAGUCCCUGGAGCCCAGCACCCUGAUCAACUUUGCCAAGUGGAACGUUAAUCCCGGCUCCAAUUCGCUACCCAUAUUGCUGCAACUGCACCACGACUGUCUCUACCUAGGUGACGCCAUUGCCCCCGAACAGGACUACAAGCACUCCCUGCUCUGGGAGCUGACAGCCAGUUUUGAGGUGUCGCCAGAGCAAAUGUGCCGGGCCAGGCAGUCGGCCCAACAGUUUGCCUACCAGCUCUUCACCAAGUGGGUUUUCACGGAGCUGAAGGGCUACACCAUGAUAGAGUUCUCCUGGAUGAUGCUCCGGCAGUUCGGGCGAGGAAACUUCACCCAGGAGCUGCUGCUUAUGCGCGAGAACCACCAGAAGCGCAUGGAGCACGCCCAGCAGGUGCUCCAGCAGGUCAUGUCGCACAGCAACCGCCUGUACUGGCGCUGCGAUCCUGGAAAAGAUCAACACGUGGAGGGCAAAACCUUUGACCGCGUCACACGCCUGCUGCAGGGCUUCGUGGAGAACGAGGUCAACCUGAAUCCGGAUCAGAGCUGCCGCAGCGAAUGCCCCUAUUACCAUGAUACCCGCUCGAGUGGCUGCUAUCAGCCGGAGGAGGAGUUCUGUGGCCAGCAGCCCACCUGCAAGGGAAGACUCUACAACUGCAACUACAUCGACUCGGACAUGUCGAUCUGUCUGGCCUCCAACAGCUCCGCAAGGCGCUAUGAGUACAUCAACUUCGGGGCCGAUAAGCAGGGCCAGGGAUGCAAGUCCAAGGUGAGGGAACCCUCCUCCUGGUCCAGCUGGGUCUUCUGGCGCUGCCACUACUGCUUUUGCCUCUGCGAUGAACCCGGACCCAAGUCAGAUCGCUACUUCAACCUCCGUGACUCCAUGUCGGACUUCAAGCAGAACAAGAUCGUGACUGGGGUCCGGUUCGUGAAGAGCCAGCGCGUCUUCCACCUGCAGCUUCAGCAAGGCGAGCUCCUGCCGCGAGGAGCUAUCAACAACAGCUCGCUGGAAUGGCUGCCUGUGGAGGAUUACAACGUGAGUGAUGUGGACAUUCGCGAUGGCUACGACUACCACACCCUGAGCAUGGACAGCAGAGCCCUCGACCUGGAUGAGAUUUCAGUUAAUUCAAGCGACCAAGUGGUCACCGGAGUUCGUUUCCGGAUCUUCAAGAAACACCUCAACCUUGAGGUGCGUUUCAGCUACUUUAAUUUCUCCACUGGUCUUCUGAUCGAACCGCUGACAAAGAGCUACUGGCUGGGCAAUGAAAACUCCCAUCUCGAGGGUCAGCGAAAGAAGUUAAUCCUAAAGGAGAGUGAUUUAUCCACCGCCUCGGAGCUGCCAUCGCUACCGCUUUCCAAGGACAACCAGUACAUGGAGUUUGGCAGCUCCAGCCAGUUGAAGGAUGCGGCCCAGAACACUUUGCCUUUCGUAGAUGUCCAGGAGGUGGUUCCGUAUCCCGCGGUUCCUCUUGCCGGCUUGGGAAUCUACUACAAGGGUCGACCUGGGUACGGCGGCUUCUUCGCUCCCAAGGUGGUAACCUUUGACUUAACCAAAGGGUUGUCGGAACCACGUACCUAAAGGUCGGGAACAAUUUUAAUUUGACGAAUUUCUUUUAUAUGCCAGCAUGUGCCAAAAACCAAAAGCUGCAAUCAAAUAUUAAACUAAAAUAAAAGAUUCCCAGAAAUCAGAAAAAGAAUUAUAUUAUUUAAGACCUGUGCCAGAAUAA